UUUAUUAUUUUUGGAUAAAACUAUGAAUUAUUUGCAAGUAUUAAUAUAUGCAACUUAAUCUACUAAAAAUGGAUUACCCAAAUUAUCCAAUUAAGAGCAAUAUAAUAAAUCAUUUUAGACUAUGCCUCCUGAGGUAAUUAUUAUCUAUUACACAUACUUUUCUUUAUGAUUGAAUAUGAAUAAGUGGUCAAGUAUAUAGUCGAAAUAGUAUACUGCUUGUUGUAUAUCUAUAAGUUCCAAUUAUUUUACCACUUUUACUUAUGGGGCUUAAAAUAGUAAAAAUAAGAUAUAAGCCAUUGUUUAAGUGUAAACUAUAAAAAUAGUAGCCCGAUUUUUAGUUGAAAAUAUAUCUUUA